AUGCUCUAUCUCUCCUCUUCGACAGCUUUAGCCUUACUGCUCCUCCAAUGCUUCAACCCCGUCCUCUCAGAAUCAUCCACCGACAAUGAUGAAAGCUCAUCCAAAGACCUCAAACCUUGUACGAUCAACAAUCCCAAUAACAACAAAUUCUACGACCUCAACACAAUCACAGUUCCCCCCAUCGAAAAACAUCAUAAAAAGCACAAGGAUGACAAGAUAGAGAGCUGGCACGCGCGAGGCUGGGAUUAUGGGACCAAUUUCACCAUAAACUUCUGCGCCCCGGUCAUAGAAGACCUAAAGGAUGUCGAAGGCAUCUCCGGCGACGCUGUCAAGAACAUCAGUGCCUUCUACAAAACCAAAGACCGCACAUUCUCCAUCGGACAAACAUCCACAGCUCCCAUCUUCCGCGGCCGCAAACUAACCCUCAACUACACCAACGGCUCCCCCUGCGACACCCCCUCCCGGUCCCGCUCGCUCGAAUCCCGGAAAAAGCACCACGACGACGAAGAUGACGACGCCGACGACGACGAAAAAGACAGCAAGCACAGCAAACCCGACCCGCGGCGCAAAUCCACCCUCAUCUCCUUCCUCUGCGAGCGGGACUCUCUGGCUCCAAAAGCCCACCUCUCCUUUAUCGGCGCCUCGCCCGAUGAAUGCACCUACUUCUUCGAAGCGCGCUCGAUGGCCGCGUGCGGGGGGCGAUAG